AUGUUCGUCAAAUCCGAGACUCUGGAGUUGAAGGAGGAAGAGGAGGUGCUGAUGCUGCUGGGCUCGGCUUCCCCUGCCUCGGCGACCCUGACUCCGAUGUCCUCCAGUGCGGAUGAGGAGGAGGACGAGGAGCUGCGGCGGCCUGGCGCCGUGCUUGGGCAACGUGGGGCGGAACCCGGGCAGGGGGUGCAGGGCAGUCCGGCGUCGGGUGCUGGGGGUUGCCGGCCAGCGAGGCUGCUGGGCUUGGUGCAUGAGUGCAAGCGGCGCCCCUCGCGCGCCAGGGCCGUCUCCCGGGGAGCCAAGACGGCGGAGACAGUGCAGCGCAUCAAGAAGACCCGCAGGCUGAAGGCCAACAACCGCGAGCGCAACCGCAUGCACAACCUGAACGCGGCGCUGGAUGCGUUGAGGGAGGUGCUGCCCACCUUUCCGGAAGAUGCCAAGCUCACCAAGAUCGAGACGCUCCGCUUCGCCCACAAUUACAUCUGGGCGCUCACUGAGACCCUGCGCCUGGCGGACCACUGCGCCGGCGCAGGCGGCCUCCAGGGGUCGCUCUUCUCCGAGGGGGUGCUGUUGAGCCCGGGAGCCGCGCUCAGCGCCAGCGGGGACAGCCCUUCGCCCGCCUCCUCCUCCUGGAGCUGCACCAACAGCCCUGCGUCGUCCUCCACCUCCACGUCUCCAUACAGCUGCACUUUGUCGCCCGCCAGCCCCGGGUCAGAUGUGGACUACUGGCAGCCCCCACCUCCGGAUAAGCAUCGUUAUGCACCUCACCUGCCCGUCACCAGGGACUGUAUCUAGAGCCGCGAGCUUCC